AUGUCCGAAACCAGAGUGCCCAAAAAAUUUACAUUCGUUGGUGGCCCGAGCCGCAAGCGACGACGAUGCCCGCCUCGUUCUGACAAGGCCAAUUCCCUGCCACCUCAUGCCCGUUCGAGAACAUCGCCCGCGGGCGCGAUCACCGGCACAGGAACAUGGAGGCGAACAUCCACAGACUUGCAUGCAGCAUUGAAUAAACAACCAACGAAUGCGGGACCCGCUGCGGAGGACUCAGCUGCACCUGCGUCUGGUCAAAGUGCUUCCCCAGGAACAGUGGCACCGGUGACAGCGUCUUUGGUCGAAGGAACAGAUUGCAUGGCAGUGAACGCUCCACCCGCAGCUCCCGCAUCCGACUUGUUCAGUUCUCUAUUGGGCUGGCUACAACCUUCCGAAAUAUAUCCCAACUCCUUUGUAACGCAAUCUGGUCCCGACUUUGACGAUUCUCCCACUCAACUAGGUCUUCCCUUUGGUUCGCCAGUUCCCUCUGGCCCACAUCUAGCCAAUAGGCCUUCAUCAUCAGACCUCGCUGAGGUGCCUGAGAAUAUACCAACAGGACACCCAUCUAACGCAACUGGAGAUAUCGCCAAGAAUACAAAUCUAGAUAUAGAAGAAUACAGACCGAUACCCAACACCAUAAACGACAGUCUAAGACAAUUGCUUACUCAGUAUGACCAAGAGUUUUGUAUAUGGCCUUUGACACAUGACUUCGACGCCAAUCCCUUCCGCUACCGAACAGAGGCUGAGCAAGGCCCGCCACUUCUGUGGCAUUCAAUCUUGGCGUUGUCAUACAAGCACAUCCAUCAUGAGACUGGUAGCUGCUUUGAUAGAGCUGCAAGUCAUAAGGAAAAGGCUCUGCAGCUGUUCGAUAAGUUGGAGGGCGAUGUUGGCUCGGAGAAGACCAGGGCGAACUUGCUUGACGGACUCCUAAUCUUGAUGACCUUAGAUUGUGCAACGUCUGCUCAGGGUCCAUGGGUUACCCAUUUACGACGCGCCGGGAAGAUAAUUCAAGCCCUCAAGGAAGCUGGGCUUCGGAAGACGCCGCGGGUGCAGGCACAGCUCGACAUGCUUAUCUGGUGGGAUGUGACCCUUGGCCUGACCACCCGGCAAGGCUUUGUGCUAUCGGAUACGAUUGGCGGUGUUCAACAGCCCACCAGCGGUUCUUCUUUCUUCAACAUCUCUGGCUGCCCUGCGGAACUGUUCAGAUAUAUGUUCCUACUUGGAAUAUACGCCCACGAACUCGAACUUACCUCGCAGAUGACCUGCGUCACCUUUGAUAUAGGCCCUUAUGACGACUUGGACGCUGACUUGCCUCAACCGCCGAGCGCCGUCGACCUGCCCGAGGACUGGGGUCGCAACCCCGUGGAAACAGCUCACUACGUACAAGAUUUGUACCACUCAGCUCAGGCAUGGCGAUUUGCUUUACUCGUCUACAUUGAGCGCGUGUUCAAGUGGCGUCAUGGCAGGGCAUCAAAACUGCGCAUCACUUUGUUUGCGCGCAAGGCGCUUGAUCAUACAUUUUCGUGCCGGCGGAGUGCCAUGAUGCAGAAGCAACUUCUACUUCCUGUGUUUCUUGCAGCGUGCGAAAUAGAGGACGAGGCGCUGAGAGAUGCAGCUAGAGACUACUGUAGUUGGUGGAGUGGCAAAACUAGGUACGAUAUGUUCGUGACGACUCUUGGGUUGCUCGAGGAGGUUUGGACCGCGGCAGAGGGAGACAUGGAUAGCUGGUGGGGUUCGCUAAUCGACCGGAAAUCAGGAAGUGAUACUGUAAAUUCUGCGAAGAAACAAUUUUUGUUCGGCUGA